AUGUUCGAAGUGUUAAAAAGGUUACGACACUACAAUCUAUAUUCCAAGAUAGAAAAAUGUGUCUUUGAGACCAAUCGUGUCGAGUUCUUGGUGUUCAUAAUUCGCCCCAGUAAUGUAGAGAAGGACCCACAAACAGUGGAAGCUAUCCUGAAUUGGCCAAUACCACAAACCAAGAAACAGAUAAAAAGGUUUGUUGGCUUUGCCAACUUCUAUCGGAAAUAUAUUCGCAACUUCUCUGCAGUGGUACAACCUCUCACUAACCUUAAAAAGAAAGACACCAUAUGGCACUGGUCAUCCUCUGCACAGAAAUCCAUUGAUACUUUGAAAUAUCUAUUCACAACCACUCCUGUCCUGCAUCUGCCUGAUCCGAAGAAACCAUAUGUUUUGGAGGUAGAUGCUUCUGACACUGCUACAGGUGCUAUACGCUAA